CGUCCAACUGUCAUUCCAACAAAAUAAAAAUGUCAAUAGCAUGUGAGCAUGUUUUAGCAGCUGCAAGAUAUAAAUGUUAAAUUAAAGAAAGUCAGCUUGUCAUGUAUAUUUCAAGCAAUAAACCUUUAAAUAAUAUUGUACUGUAAUCAUGUCUGACAAAAACAAUAGUAACAAGGAGAAGCCUGGCGAUGGCCUUCGUUCAAUGAGAUCUACAACAGCCUUUAGAGUAAUAAAUUUUGAGCUCUAUGCAAAACCUAAUAUUGUUAUAAUGAGUGUUGGAGCCACAUGUUUUGCUUUAGCAGUGGGAUAUAUAGCAUAUAUGCGAACAAAAUACGAAUCAAUGGGAUAUUAUGCUGCAGUUGAUAAAGACGGAGUUGAAGUUUUUGAGAAGAAAAAAUCAAAGUGGGAUUAAAUUAUUAUUAUAAAUUAUUUAUGUAAUAUAGUUAUAAAAAUGGAAAUAAAUUUAGUUUAUACCCAAGUUUAAUAAUUAAAUGACUUCUAUGAGGUGGAUUCAUCAUUA